CGAACUCUCGCCAGUUUGCCUUCGACCGCCAAACGACGACGCCGCCGCCGACGACCGGACCACCGGAAAAGACGACGACGGGUUGACAAUUUUUUAAGGUGGUGCGUCCCCGCGUGUGUUCCAAGCUAAAGUUGACGGUAGAUUGAGGGUUGGGGCUAAAGGAAGAAUCGGUGGAAUGGUGGAAUUGGUAUUUGCCUGAUCCGGAUCCACGGUGUUUAGUGAGUAGUGGUUCGGUGCCGUGGUGCAUUUUUUCGCCAAAUAAUUAACGACUUGGAACGGUAACGUUGAGCAGCCAAAGAAGGGUGUUGGGGGCGUUCUCGGCGUAAUGAUGACCCGUUGUUGUUCCGGUUGUUCCGUCGUCUCUAAUUCGACGAAGUGUGGUUGAUCGGCCGUAUCCGGGAUUCGGAAAUUGGUGCGGCGAACUGGAGAAGGGUGGUGUUGAGCAGAGGCAGUCUUCCAUCGGAUAUUGGAACGACAUUUGAGUGUUUCGACGACGGGUUUUUCUGAACCGCAAGCAGGGCGAAAGUUUUCCAUUUCACUAUUAAAAUUUGGCUCGCAUGAUUUGGUUCCGGUGAAAGGUAGUUCGCGAAAUGAAAAACCAGCAAUAGGCGUCCUAGUGAAGACGUCGUCGGAGGAUUUGGCUUAACUAUAGGUACAUACGUAUAGGCAGCGUUCGAUAUCGCAAGCUUUUGGCAUUCCGGUCGAUAGGUCGCUAUUUUUCUGUUGUUAUUCGAUGAAAGUGCGUACCUACAUAGAACCGUUCCUUGGGGAAGUGAUUUAAUGGCUCGUUCGGAAGCCCGAAAGGUAUUCUCGGAAGCUAGGCAAGUCGAGGAAGGAUCCGGCUCUGUGAUGUGGAUUUAGGCGCACCGGUGUGAUUUCACGUGUUGCCGUAAAACAGGCGUCUCUUCCUCAUUCGCACCCUCCUAGAUGAGACGAAACGAGGCGAGGAAAGUGCAGACCUAAUACAUUUUGGUGCAGUGUUUUUGGCUCACGGUAGUUUACAGAGGAGCCAGAUUUGGAGAGCGGUUGUGUGUUUUAGUCCUAGUUGUGAAAAUAGAAAACAAACCCCUUGAAGUAGGCAGCAACCCAACAGGCAGCAGUCCAACCAGAGAUCCAUCUUCACCUGGGGUGGCAAAAUUUCACCUUAGCAGAAUUUACAUACGAUUUUCGCAAAUUCAAAGCAUAAAAAAGAAGAUAUAAAAACAACUCCAACUGCCUUCUGCUCCUCGACGAGAGUGUUCUGGGGCACGCAUAUGAAAAGCUCUAUACAUCAACUCAUCGUCCUUCGUUCUUCCUUUCUGAUGUGCGGGGCGCUGCUGUUUAGGAUUCGUGUUGUGUUGUGUUUUGAAGACCAGCAGCGGCAAAAAUAAAGUGAAGUUUGUUCCAAGGAUCCCCCUCUCUGCCCCAAAAAUAUACAUACCCACAUACAUACAUACACACAUACGAAGAAUAUAUUCCAAUAACAUGUAGGUGGGAUACCCGCCCAGAGGUCUCUCCUAUACACAUCCUUAAUCGGAGGGAAAACGGCAGCAACGGAACAAAUAGAAGAAGCUUGGAAAAAAUAUAAAUAAACCAGUGAAGGCAAGCGAGAACAACCUUACACGUGAAGUCCGAGAGGAGACUCUAAGCAGAAAUUUACGGUUCGGAAAACUCGGCAGCGAGGGAAAAAUCAACGGAAAACAACAACUACAUCAGAACCGGACCAGGUAUAGAUUAGCAACAACAUUUUUGCUUGUGAUUUGUUUACGUCGUCGUUUUCCUUCUCAUGUACAUAUUCCGAUGUGACUGCUGCAUGAUUCUGAUCGCUUUUCUGGAUUGGGAAGAUUUCAUGACUCCAAAUUGAUGCUGCCAAUCUGAAUGAAGCUUCCAACUGGAUAAGCCGCGUUAAUAAUAACUACCAACAGAGCACCACAUCGCGGCUAAUCGACCUCAACUAUUCCGCCGACUCUGAAAAACCCGGAUGCAAAUGCAGUAACUCCAUCAUCCGAUCGCUGACAGUACAUAUCUGGUCUGAGGUUUUUCCCGAAAGCCAACAGACAUCCGGUGUAAAAUUUGCAACUGUAUAAUCAUUCCAUCGAUAGUAACGAAGGACGGUCGAAAUCCAGAAGCCCUGUGCGAUGUAGUUGAUUUUUUCGGCCAGGUGUCCCGUUGCAUUUCUAUGAAUGCAUGUUUGUAUUUGUGUUUGUGCCAAAAAACGGACCGGACCAGGAUUUUCUUUUUUUGUGCCGACAAAAAGUCGAACAACAAAACACAUACACGCAAAUACACAGCUACACAUCGAUACACAGAAACGAGUCAAGUGCGAAGCCUGGACAAAACCGAAAAAUGAAAUUUAAUGGUUUCGUAAAUGUUUUAUGCUGCAAACUGGUGUUAAUCAUUAAUGCAGCAGCCGGCAAGCUGACACACGAGAAGGACAAACAUGAACCCUUCAGCAUUGAGGGAGUGGAAGGACGGAGUAUCGAGUUGCAGUGUCCUAUCACGGUGCCACUGACUGAGGUUAGCAUGGUAUUGUGGUUCAAAGACGGCGCCGGAAUCCCACUGUACAGCGUGGACGUGCGGGAGCGGAUGUCCCGAGAACCGGCCCACUGGUCGGCACCGGAAGUUUUCGGAUCACGUGCCAAGUUCAAUAUUGACAAAUCGCCGGCAUCGUUGAUGAUAAUGAAUCUCAAACGACACGAUCAAGGUGUCUACCGGUGCAGAAUUGAUUUCCGGACUAUACAAACCCAAACGUAUCGCUAUAAUUUAUCAGUAAUAGUUUUGCCGGAGCAACCGGUGGUCCUGGAUCGCUGGGGACGACUUCUGAAUGGGACCAAGCUCGGGCCGCUGGAGGAAGGCGACGACGUUGUUGUCACGUGCCGUGUCUCGGGAGGUCGCCCCCAGCCCGAAGUUCGAUGGCUUAUCAACGGUGUAAUAGUAGACGAUACCUACGAGCAAAAUUCCGGCGAUAUCAUCGAAAAUCGUCUGCUGUGGCCCACGAUACAGAGGAGUGACCUCAACAGCAUCUUCACCUGCCAAACGAUGAACACUCGACUGGUGGAGGCGAAGGAAACGAGCUAUGUUCUCGAUAUGCAUCUGAAACCCCUCACCGUGAAGGUGAAAGAUCCCCCGCGGGCUCUGGUGGCCGAUAAACGGUACGAGGUGUCCUGCGAAAGUUCUGGCUCCCGACCGAGUGCCAUCAUCACCUGGUACAAGGGCAAGCGGCAGAUGAGGCGCACCAAGGACGAUGUCGUGGGGCAUAAUACCACCCUAUCGACGGUGAGCUUUUCGCCCUCGACCGAGGACGAUGGGAAAACUUUAACCUGCCGGGCCGAGAAUCCGAACGUCAAUGGACUCUUCCUGGAAACCACCUGGGAGAUGAACGUUGUUUAUCCCCCGAUUGUGACCAUCCAGCUGGGCUCAACGCUGGUGCCGGAUGACAUCAAAGAGGGGGACGAUGUGUACUUCGAGUGUCACGUCAAGGCCAAUCCUCCCUGGAAGAAACUGCUCUGGUUCCACGAUGACACCCUGUUGCUGCACAACGCUUCCGCCCGGGUGAUCCAAACCAAUCAGAGCCUGGUGCUGCAGAAGGUGAUGAAACAGUCGGCCGGAUAUUACGCUUGCAGUGCAAUCAACGGCGAAGGAGAAACCAUCAGCAAUCAGCAGUUCCUGCGGGUGAAGCAUGUUCCGGCGUGUGCCAACGAAAAAGUCGCCCUAAUUGGUGCAUCGAAAAAUGAAAACGUGGAAAUUUUAUGCGAGAUUUAUGCAGAUCCCCCGGCCAGAUCCUUCCACUGGAGAUUUAACAACACCGCCGAGACGUUGGAAGUUGAUUCGCAUCGGUACUCGAACGGAGGAAACUUCAGUGUGCUUCACUACACUCCGGUCACGGAACAGGAUUACGGGACCCUAUCCUGCUGGGCUUCCAACGAAAUUGGCACCCAAGGAGAGCCGUGCACUUUCCAGGUGAUUCUGGCAGAUCUCCCUUCGCCGGUCAGCAACUGUACCCUCUACAACCGGACACAACAGUUUGCCGAGAUUCAGUGCGCACCCGGCUACGACGGAGGCCUGCCGCAGAUGUUUAUGCUGGAAUUAGUGUCCAAAAGAACCGGAACUAGGAGAUUCAACUUUUCCAACAAACACGAGCCGUACUUCAUGCUGGAGCAACUGCAGAAGCUCGCCACCAUGAUGACUCAGGAGAAUAAUUCCCUGUCCUGUGUCGUGUAUGCCGUCAACCAGAAGGGCGCCAGCCGGGGUGUGGUCAUUCCGAACUUCCAGAUCGGACAGAUUCAUGCACUUCAAACAGUCAGCAAACACUCGACCGAAUGGCUUCCGAUGGCUCUCGGGGCCCUGCUUACCAUCAUAAUAUUGGCCCUCUCAAUUUCAACCAAAGCGUACCUGGGCCAGUUCGGCAGCUGCCGGAGAUCUUCCUCGAGCACCGCGGUGGACAGCAAACGGAACCAGGCGCUGAUGACGACGACGACGAUGGCCGGAAGUUGUUCCGCCGCCAACCCGCACGCCACCGACGUCAAAAUUGCACAGCAAACAAAAAAUAUUGUGAUAUCCACCAACGAUUUCGAGUGCGGGACUAAUUGUCUGAAGCUGAAAAACUCCCAAACACAGCAUAGCCCCGGCGAUCAGAAUCAUGACCAUCACCAUCAUCAUCAGCAUCAUCAUUUGCAGCACCAUCAUCAGCAUCUGAGCCAGAACCAUCGGGAGAGUUUGCGGAAGAAAAACACUUCAAAGGAUGCCAACGAAUCGGACGAACCGGAACCGGAUGUGAUACCGGCUCAGUUUAAUAUGAUAUCGUCUUCUCCAUUGGUGUCGACACCGCCAAUGCUCCACAACAAUUCCAGAGACAAGCCCGAGAGUUAUUCCUUCGUCGACUACUCAACAAACUCCUACUACCUUAACCCAAUCGAUUUGACAAGCUUGAGCAGCACUAUGGGUCUAGAGCGGGAUCCCAAAAUAUUAUCGGGACCCGGUGCAGGUCUUCCGAUGGUCACCACAUUCGACAGUGGCGGAGGAGGAGUAGUAGGUCCCGGUAUCAUUCCUCUAGAAUCGAGCCUUCCAAAUCAUCACUUCCAAGGUGGCACUGGAAGCAGUAGUGGCACUUUGUCCCGAAUCCGACCGGCAACGAUAGCAACGGGUGCUCCUCUUCCUCCUUUGAGCAGUGGGUCCGAUUUGGAUCUCAACGUCAUCAAGGAUCGGCUCAUGACAACCCGAGUUCCGGAGAGUUGUGUCUGACCUGUCCGAUGUAGCAUAAUUCGAAUUAGUAACAUAUCCUGUGCGAACCGAGCUAAAAUCCAUGGCGUCCAUGAAGAUGGUGAUGAUAAUGAUGAUGAUUAUGAGUGUAGCAACAGGUGGAGAUACAACUGUGUGGUACCUUUUCUUAUAUUACUAAAAAUAGUAGACUUGGUGCAAAAAUCGUGCAUAUCUGAAACCCGUUGUGUAGUUUUUACGCGCGAGAGGUGCUCUGUGUUCCGUGAAACUUUGAACGUCUGUUGAAGAAUGAGUAACUAGGUGGUAGAUCCUAAUGUAGUUAAUGUGAGAUUGACGUUUUCAUUUCUACCAAAAGAUGGUAUAGCUAAUCGAAAAAUAUUGAAAUCUAAUCGAUGGAUGGAAAAAAACGAAUAAAAUGAAGUAUAUUGUAUUGAAAA